AUGAUGGGAAGCGAUUCCCAAACCUGUAACCGGACCUUAGGAUAUCCUAUUGGACGUACUUCGGUCGAUCAUUCGCAGCAGGCAGGACCCUCUCGGGGCCGGGCAGCGUGGGAUUACCUUAUGGCUAUGUUUGAGUAUUAUGGAUAUGUUUAUAUGGAUUUUGGGAUAUCUGUCUAUAUUGCCUAUGUGAGUACCAUUCCCUGGUUACUAGGCUUCCCACACAUGGCGUUGGCAAUGCCGGUGGGGUGGGAAGGCCAUGAGAUUGCUGGUCUCAUACAUGGCGUUGGCAGUGCCGGUGUAUGGGAAGAUGCCGGUGGGGUGAUGAUACUGUCUGCGCGCGUAGGACUUGAUAAGAGAUUUGUGAGCUACACGUGUCGUUGGCAGUGCCGGCGUGUGAGCUAUGGAGUUCCGUCCCCCGGUUGGACUACUCAUCCCUGGACGCGGGUUCAUGUUCGAAAAUCCUGCGUACCAGCCAACAGUCCCCCGGUUGGAUUGUCUUCCCCGGUACAUUAG